UGAUCCCAUUGAUGUGAAACAAUGAAGGAGAUUCUGUUCGUGCUGUUACUAGUGCUCAUCGACAACGCUUACACAUUCCUUCCGAAAACCUAUGACGCUAGUUUUGUAUCGCUUAAAGCCACUGGAUCCGAGGUCGUUGAUUUUGGCAAUAUUCGAUUUUUAGGACGAGAAAAGAGGGCCAAUGGCACUCUGGAAAUAAUGGAAGAUAUGGAUAAUACAUUUUCGGUUUCUGCUGAGAGUUUCAUCGAUUCCAGUGGCGGUGGCGAUUACAAGGCGCUUCCUUUUUCCAUUCCCCUGGAACCAUUCUGCAAGGGCAUGAACUCAUACUGGUCGUACUUCGAUGCGAGCUUGAAGUACGGAGAGAACACGGAUCUUCCCGUCGACACCCGCCCAUGUCCCAUACCCAAGGGGGUUUACUAUUUAAAGGAUGCGCUCAUCAAAACUGACGGCUGGCCCACUGUAAUGCCGCGAGGCUUCCUAAAGGGCGUGGCCAAACUAUUCAGGAAUGGCGAAUCUGUCGGCGCUCUGGAAGUUGUUCUUCACAUUACGGAUCUAGGUUAAUGUAAAAUAAAAGAUCUCCAAGGUUGCCAAGAUAAGAUACAAAGAUCGGGAAUCAUUCUUGUUUUUAGGAAG